AUGGGUAGACGUUCGAUAAAUACCACUAAGAGUGGGAAAUAUAUGAAUCCCACUGAUCAAGCAAGAAAGGAGGCACGUAAGAAAGAGUUAAAAAAGAACAAAAGGCAAAGGCAACUUGUCAGAGCUGCAGUGUUGAAGGGAAAAGAUCCUUUUCAACUAAUUGCUGAAAUGGAAAAAAUCGAUAAUAUGGAAUACAAUGUCCUCCAGCCGUCGCCCCUCAAUGAAAAAGUUCUGAAAGACAAGAGGAGAAAACUUCGAGAAACGCUCGACCGCGUAUUGAAGAUGUAUAUAAAGGAAGACCCAGACAAAUGGGAAGAAUUGAAGAGAGCCGAAGCAGAAUACGAAAAACGUCGUGUAACUAUGGCAACUUAUUCAGAAGCAGUCAGGCACGCUCAACAGGUAUCAGUGGAUGAUAUCCCGCUUCCCAUCCCCCAAUUGAACCCGGAGAACAUGGCUGCUCUUGGUCUCACGUCCCAGAUCCCCUUACCCGACAUGCCCAUGGGACUCUUGCUUCCUCCUCCUCCUACCAGCAUCCUGAGGAAGCGAUCGGCGUACAGCCCACCCAAAAAUAAGGUACCUCCAGGAGUUCCGCUAGGCCCUCCUCCUGAACUUUCCAGCGACGAGGAUGAUGAUGAUGCUCCACCUGGUGAAGAGAAACUGCGUCCAAGAAUGAUCAGGUUUGCUGACAAAGGCUCAGACUCAGAUGAUGACAACCUGACCAAAAAAUAUUCUGGGCCGGGAGAUAAAGGUAAGGUAAUGGAUGCCAUACCUCUACCGGUACCUGCUCCUUCUGGACAGAUUCCUCUUGGUCUACCUCCUGCACCGCCUCUAAGCAACAUGAUGGUCGGCAUGAGGCCGCCCGGUCCACCGCCUGGCCUGCCUCCACGACUGAUGGGCAUCAGGUUACCACCUGGCCCUCCGCCAGGCCUGCCACCACGACUGCUACCCAGCCGCCUCCCGGGCAGCCUCCCGACUCCUAAUGUCCUCACUGCUGCCCCUCAGCUGAUCAGGAAGGAGGGCAGCCAAUCGAUAACGAAGGGUGCUACCAUAGAAGCCAAGGCCCAGAUAAGGAACCUUACGGCGGACGUGACGAGGUUCGUCCCCACCGCCCUGAGGGUGAAGCGAGGAGAAGACAAACACAUACUGCGGAAGCAGGAGCAGCUACCGAAGCCGGAACUCCAGCCGAAGCCAGGCGCAACCAAGGACGACGCAUACUCACAAUUCAUGCGAGAGAUGGAAGGCCUCCUAUAA